AUGACUGAAGAGGACAUUGACCCCGAAGAGACCGAGGAGUCAAUCGAAGAUCCACCCUCUUUGGAGCUUCUGAACCUCUUGCCAAACCCGGAUGAGAUGCCAUUGGAAGACUAUCUCAAAGCUAUGGGCGUCUUCUGCAUACAAAUGCACAACCACCUCCACCCCGUCGAGAUCGCCAAGCUCGCGCCACUCUUCGUCUCAUCAAAGUUCCACGUAAAGGCCAGCCCCGAGAUAUACAUGAUCGCCACAUCGCUCAAGGAAUAUCUGUCCAAUGUCAAGUACUUCCGCAAGACGAAUCCACACUAUCAUGUGGUUUCCAAAAAUUUGUCUGUCGACCUGAACGAAGAAUUGGGCGAGGCGACUUUGAUCGCCACCAUGGAGACUCACGGGCUGCUCGGCGCCAGCGAUAAUCUUGUCCGCCAGAGUGUGUACAUGGGUCAUUGGAGGCGCAGGAAGCACACUGGACGGUGGUAUGCCCAGAGGCUGGAGAUCAUUCGAGGACCUGGAUCGGAGCCGACUUUCUGA